AUGGGUUCUAUGAAGUCUCAAUCUCUACGGUAUGAAGUUCUCGUGUGUCCUCAAAAGGAACAUACAUUAGUGCAAACGAAGGAAGAAAUGGCCUCCUCCAACUCGGUUCAACCAUUCUUGACUCAAACUCAAGUCCGAAGGUUUACAAUUGAUGAAAAUAUGCAACAAUACUGGAUCCCGGAUGGAUACCAUCCCGUUCUAGUUCCUCGUCCUUUUAUACAAUAUAGUAUAGCUGCAAAUUCUCAACAAACAGCAGUUUCUGCUGGUAAUGAAUUUAAUAAUAUUAUUUGUCCAUUAAGACAAACAAUCUCUUCUAUCAAUACAUUCGGUGGUAAUGUAACACAUCGAACGAAACGACGUCGUUUAUUGGGUUCCCAACAAAAUCAAAUUAUGGCCUCUUCUCCUUCUAAAGUUUCAUUAAUAACUUUUUAUGCUGCCUCCCUGUACUAUAAACAAAAAUUAAAAGAAUUAAUAACUAGUGGUGUCAUUUCAAAUCCACCAUCAGAACCACCAUCAAAAAUUAUUGGUAAAAUGUGGUACGAAGAACCAGAAAGCACAAGAAAAUAUUACGAAAGACUUGUCAUAAGGUUAAAGACUUUAAAAUGUGAAAAUGAUAAUAAUAAAAAAUUAGGAAGAAGACCACCAAUAUAUAAACAUCAAUUCAAUCCCAAUUCUCGAUACGAAUCACGUUUUGCUCAAGCUAGAUCUCAAAGAAAACAAUACCAUCGUUCAAAUUUACCUCAUGAACAUCCAAUAAAAAGACCUUCUGGAGCAUUAGAUAUUUCAAAUAAAUACUACAAUGAAAGUAAUGUCUAUACAACUUCCUCUGAAGACUUUACUAAAUUUAACGUACCGGUUACUUCAUACCGGAGAUCAAACAACAAGAAUGUUAGUAACACUGAAGGAGGCAAUUCGUCUUCCGUGGAGCAUCAAUUUUCGAUGAUGAACGCUGAUGAUCUGUGUAGGGAAUCAUUUAUUAUUUCUUCCUCGCCGAAACUGUCCGCAAACCGAAUUAAUAAUGACAAUGUAAAUGACGCCCAUAACGCGGAUUGGAUGACACGUUCCGACGAAGAAGAUUUAUGUGAUACCGAUGAUACCAACUAUUAA